GCUGCUGGAGGCCGACUCCAAGUCGAUGCGCUCCUGAACGGCUCCCCCCAUGAACGGCUCGCGACGGAACAGCGGCUCCUCCUUGGUCUCCAGCUCCUCGGCUUCCUCCAACCUCAGCCACCUGGAAGAGGACACCUGGAUCCUCUGGGGCCGCAUCGUCAACGAGUGGGACGAGUGGCGGAAGAAGAAGGAGAAGCUGCUGAAGGAGCUCAUCCGCAAAGGGAUCCCCCACCACUUCCGUGCCAUCGUUUGGCAGCUGCUGUGCAGUGCCACCGACAUGCCCGUCAAAAACCAAUACUCGGAGCUGCUCAAGAUGUCCUCUCCCUGCGAGAAGCUCAUCCGACGGGACAUCGCCCGCACUUACCCGGAGCACGAGUUCUUCAAGGGCCAGGACAGCCUGGGCCAGGAGGUGCUCUUCAACGUCAUGAAGGCCUAUUCGCUGGUGGACCGGGAGGUUGGAUACUGCCAGGGCAGUGCCUUCAUUGUGGGACUGCUGCUCAUGCAGAUGCCGGAGGAAGAGGCCUUCUGCGUGUUCGUGAGGCUGAUGCAGGAAUACCGCUUACGGGAGCUCUUCAAACCCAGUAUGGCCGAGCUGGGGCUCUGCAUCUACCAGUUCGAGUACAUGCUGCAG